AUGAGGAACUCCGGAAAUCCGCCCCCACUGCACGUCCUCCUCUCCUUCGCCCUCGCCUUCGCCGAAGCCGCCACUUUCUCUCCGGCGGCAGCGAGUCAACGGUCGCCGAUCCGCCAGCUGGUGAAGGCGAGGGUGAUCCCCGACGUGAUCAACCUGUUCGUCCCCUCGGCCAAGCUCGAGGUCAAGUACAGCGCUAUCCGGGUCGUCAACGGCCUCCUCAUCCCUCCCUCUGCCGCCGCCAAGACCCCCUCCGUCCGGAUCCACUCCCGGCGUCGAUCCCCCGUUGACCUCUACACACUGGUGAGUGGCGAACCGUGGGAUUUCGAAAUUUUUUUCAGGUGGUGAAAAAAGAAACUUAGCCAGGAUUUUCCGCACCGUAUAUCCAUUAGUUACCAUGAAAAAAAUUGGAUCACUUCCUAAAACGUAUCCAAGUUCUCUCAGAGGAGUCAACUCUAACCAGAGAUCUAGGCCAAACCCACAAAUCUCUCUCUCUCUCUCUCUCGCUGACUUCCAAAGGUGGGUCCGCAUGCGAGGGAGCUUCUUGGGAAAUUCUCCCUAUUUAUGGAGAAAGAUUAACUCCGAUAGCAGAGUACAUGGCCCUACUAUCCAUGUAUACGUAUAAAUGAUGUGCCGAUAAUUAUUUUUCAAGUGAUUGCUCGGGUCUUUGAUCUUAGUCAGGUAGAUUAAUUCGGCCAUGCAUGCACCCCAUAACAGAUCGUGGCAGACCCAGAUGCACCGAGCCCCAGCAACUCGACUCUAAGGGAAAUCCUCCACUGGUAGGCGUUUCAUCGUCUUCUUCAAACAUUUAUCUCCUCCACUCUCUCUUUCUCUCUCUAAGUCACCUCCAAAUCUUCUCUCAGGCUUGUGGUCAACAUACCGAGAGGCAAUGUCACCAGAGGUACAUUCAGCUACAAAAUUUCCCCCGUUGACCAAUGAAAAAAGUCCACGUGGUUUAAUACAUCGGACACGCUUCCUCCCCAGGUGAGGAGCUGGUGCCGUAUGUUGGACCCGCACCGCCCAUUGGCGUUCAUCGGUACGUCUUCUCGCUGUUCAGGCAGAAGAAGCCUCUGAAAGGGGUGAAGGUCCCAACAGGCAGAGCCCUCUUCAGGACUCGCAGAUUCGCCGCCGACAACCGACUGGGCCUCCCGGUCGCCGCCCUUUACUUCAAUUCCACGAAGGAGACGACCGCCUGA